UGGGCCUGUCCUGGGUACAGGACAUCCCGGAUGAGGACGACGAGGACCUCAACCAGCAGCGCCGCCGGCGUCGCUCGGGAGGGCACAGCGGCGAGUGCUUCGUAGUUGACCCCGCGGCCGAGAUGCGAGCCAACGCCGUGCGCUGGAACCCCUGCGAGGGGACGCAUGGUGUCGUGUGCGAGAUGGACAUGGGCCAGUUUCAGGCCCUUUGCGAUGGCCCCGGUCCGUUGGAGAAUGGCACAGCCGAGGUGAUGAACCAAGUAGUCGCGGGAAAAAUGCUGGAAGGCACGCAGAUUGCGUACCGCUGCGCCGAGCUGCACUACCUGGUCGGUGAGAGCCGCAUCACCUGCCUCCGGAACCGGACGUGGACAGCACCCAAGCCACGAUGCAUGAAACUGACAACGUGUCUGGAGCCGCCUGUACCUCCAUACGGGGAAGUGGAGUACGUAUACGAAGGUGGCAGUGGACUCAAGACCGGACGACAACGGCUUCGACUAACGCUGAUCACCCUUGACCCAUCUUCAGCGGUGCAACUUCCCAAAGGCCACUAUCGAGUUGGCACCCGCGCCACAUUCUCGUGCGUCAACCGCUUCUACUCUCUGGUUGGAUCCGAGGUGCGCAGGUGUCUGCCUGAUGGAACUUGGACUGGGAGGACCGCCACCUGCAUACCAGUGUGCGGCCGCUCCGACUCGCCGCGUUCGCCGUUCAUCUAUCACGGGAACGUGAGCGAGGCCGGCCAGUGGCCCUGGCAGGUGGGUCUGUCCAUGUGGUCCCAACACGAGAAAGCCUGGGACCUGCAGUGCGGUGGCACGCUGCUCUCCGAGAGCUGGGUGGUCACGGCGGCGCACUGCGUGGCCAGGGACCGCCGCGGUAACCUGCACGCGCCCAAGGAUAUGCGCAUCUACAUGGGCAAGUACCACCGAGACGACGCCCUGGACGACGCCUUCGUCCAAGUGCGCACGCCUCAGGAGAUUCACGUGCACGACGAUUACGACCCGGUCAAGUACGACGCGGAUAUCGCCAUGGUGCUGCUCGAUCGGCCGGUGGAGCUGAGCAGUCGGGUGCAACCCAUAUGCCUGUCCAGCGAGAGGACAUCGCAGACAAACAUCGUCGAUGGCCACCGGCACAAUUCCAACUUCGCAUACGCAGUUAGCAUUGCUACCGGAUGGGGCCAGACCGAGAAUCGGAGCUACGCCGACGUCCUGCGACAGGCCGUGAUUCCCGUAGUGUCGGCGCAGGAGUGCGAGCGCGCCUACCGCGAGGGCCGCUUUCCCUUGACAGUCACGUCCAACAUGUUCUGCGGCGGUUACGUCAAGGGACGGAUCGACGCCUGCACUGGAGACAGCGGCGGGCCCUUCGUCUUCGUCGACGAGUCGGUGGUCGACAAGCGUGUCUGGGUGCUGGAAGGCAUCGUCAGCUGGGGAGGACCCCGAGGCUGCGGGGCACCCAACCACUUCGGCGGAUACACCAAGGUUGCAGCGUUCAUCGAAUGGAUACGACAGUUCGUAAAGCCUUGUACUACAAAGCCAAGCAGCUGA